AUGAGUGGACCACCAGGAGGAAAAGGUGGCAAAAGCAUUGCCUUGAUGAAACAGAGGCUUGGUGGCCAGGCAGCCGAUGCCCCUCAGGCAGCUCCUGCACCCGCGCCACAGCCAGCUCCAGUUCCAGCUCCUGCCCCUGCUCCUCAACAGGUUCAGGCAGCUCCAGCUGGAAGACCUAAAGGAAAGGAUUUCUCGGCCAUGGCGGGACGACCAAAGGGAAAAGAUUUCUCGGCCAUGGCUCGAGCUUCACCAGCUCCCGCUCCACCGCCACCUCCUGCCCCGGCUCCAGCCCCCGCGGCUCCCAUGGCGACGUCUCAGGGAGCUGGUAAGCCAAAGGGAAAGAAUUUCGCGGCCAUGGCGUCUCGACACCACCCUCCCGCGACUGCCCCACCGCCAGCCCAACAGCCACCCCCGCAGCAAACACAGCCACCACCUCAACAGCAGCAACAACAGCCACCGCCACCCCAACAACAGCAGCAGCAACAUCCUCAGUACCAGCAACCUCCUCACCAUCCUCAACAACCACCGCAUUACCAGCAGCCUCCUCCCCAUCAUCAUCCACAGCAUCCUCAGUACGCUCAUCAUCACCCCCAACAGCAACGCUCACCACCUGCUCAGAAUCAAGCAGCCGCUCAUGCUCAGGCCGAAAGUGAACGUAAGAGGGCUCAAUCCAUGCAAGCCGCAGCUCGGGCAGCCGCUGGAUUGCCUCCUUUGGAGGUUCCCACGGCAACGUCAGUGACCACGGUACCGCCUCCGAUCCAUACAACACCGGCCAAACGCACACAAUCUACUUCCUCCAAAGUACAGGCUGCAGCACCACCACCCGCGGCAUAUGCAGCGCCGCCUGUCGCCGUUCCACCAAAGGCCAAACCAAUCAGCCGAACUCCGUCAACUGCCGCUAGUGCCCGUAGAACGUCUGGAUCCAGCAAGGGUGGUACAACUCCAACCUCGGCUUCGGCUGCAGCACAUCAUCAACAACAGCAUGCAGCUCGACAGGCGCAAGCUCAUGCACAGGCAAGGCAGCAACAACAGCAGCAACAUUAUCAGCAGCAGCAACAGCAUCAUCAUCAAAGAGCACCGGCACAACAACAACCACAACAACGUCACCCUCAUUAUCCACAGCAACCACAUGCCGCCCAAGCUCACCACCAACAGCAACCCCCACCCAAUCCCAAUGUACGACCCACACCGCAACCUUAUUCGUCCGAGGCUCGAUUGACCUCGCAAAGCUCCAAAGCGGUGGGUCCUGGAGUCCCUCACAUGGCACCACUGGUGGGUGAACGCAUUAGCAGUCUCGUCAAAUCACUGGAUCCCAACUACUCGAUUGAUGUGGAUGCGGAAGAGCAAUUGCUGCAGUUGGCAGAUGACUUUUUGGAUCAAGUGACACGACAAAGUAUACGCAUGGCACAGCAUCGUGGUAGCAAGACACUGGAUGUGCAGGACUUGCAAUUGGUGUUGGCCAAACAGUGGGGAAUCACGGUUCCUGGACUGGGAUCGCCAACCUUCAAAUCCACGAAACCUCCGGGUGGUCGUGGGUCGAUUACGGCAGCGAGCAGCGCAGGAGCCAAGCGAAAGCCCUCCGAUGCUUCCUUGACAGGCGGUGGUCGAGCGAAAAAGGCCAAUUCUGGAGUCGCCAGCUAA